AUGUCUACACGCCGUUUCUCCAGCCUUCUUGCGAUCAAACCAACGAGAUCCGGCAAAGUUACAGCGAAGCAUGGAUUGGAUACCGCAUGCGAGGGUCGAUGCAGGGUGUGGCACCGCUGCUUCAACACUGGCGAUGGCCAUUACAACAUUGAAAGGAUACGCAACAUCGGCAUCAGCGCCCACAUAGAUUCGGGCAAGACUACGCUGACCGAGCGCAUCCUGUUCUACUCCGGUCGCAUUGCUGCGAUUCACGAGGUCCGUGGGAACGACGGCGUGGGGGCCAAGAUGGAUUCCAUGGACCUUGAACGUGAGCGCGGCAUCACGAUUCAAUCUGCCGUGACAAACUUCAGGUGGUCGGUGGAAGGCGCUGCAGGUGAGAGUUCCGUCGACUACAUGGUGAACAUCAUUGACACCCCGGGACACGUCGACUUCACCAUAGAGGUGGAGCGGGCGCUGCGCGUUCUGGACGGUGCGAUAUUGCUGUGCUGCGCUGUGGCCGGGGUUCAAUCGCAAACACUGACGGUGAACAUGCAAAUGGACCGUUACAAAAUCCCGCGGAUUGUCUUCCUCAACAAGAUGGAUCGUGACGGCGCAGACCCAGAGCGGGUCAUCGGGCUUAUUCGCCAAAAACUGAACAUCGACCUGCUUGAACUGCAGGUGCCGAUAGGCCUUGCCAAUCGCUUCGAAGGCGUAGUUGACGUCAUCGACGAGUGCGCGUACCACUUUGAGGGCCCCAAUGGCCAGCACGUGGUUAAAAAGGAAGUGCCCGACGGAUACGCUGAGCUGCUCCGUUCCAAGAAGACGGCGCUGCUGGAGAAGCUCGCCGACCUAGACGACGAGUUCGCGGCGGAGUUCCUGGACAACACCUAUACGCCGCGUUCCAUGCGAGACGCUAUCCGACGCUGCUGCCUGUCUCACAAAGCAUACCCGCUUCUCAUGGGUUCCGCCAAGGGGAACAAAGGCGCCCAGUUGGCUCUCGAUGCGGUUUGCCACUACCUACCCUCGCCGGCCGAUAUAGAACAGUGCGGUUAUCUGAAUGACGAAAAGACGGAUGCGCUGGACGGCAGCCACAAACAACCAUUGGUCGCCUACGCCUUCAAGAUACAAGAUAGCCCCAUGGGACAGCUGACAUUUUUGCGUAUCUAUCAGGGGACACUGCGCCGUGGCCAGCAGCUGUACCUGGUGGAGGAGGGCAAGAAGCACUCCACGAAGAAGCUGUUCAAGAUGCACGCCAGCGAUACCGAGGACGUGUCUGAGGCGUGCAGCGGUGAAAUAGUUGCCAUUUCUGGGCUCAAGUGCAACUCCGGAGUGACGUUUACCGACGGCCGAUUACAACUUACCAUGGCGCCCAUUUUCGUCCCCGAGCCCGUGGUGUCACUUGCGCUCAAGAAGGUGGACACCCGCGACAUGGCACGCCUCUCCAAGGCGCUCAACCGUUUCAAGCGCGAAGACCCGACGUUCAGAAUCACGGUAGAUGAAGAGAGCAAAGAAACCGUGCUCAGCGGGAUGGGUGAGCUGCACCUGGGGAUUUACGUCGAGCGCAUGAAGCGGGAGUACGGCCUAAGUGUUGAGACUGGGCCACCCAUAGUGAACUACCGCGAGACCGUAACGCGCAGAGUCGACUUCUGCUACACACACAAACGGCAGUCGGGUGGAGCAGGUCAAUACGGUAAGAUCAUCGGGUACAUGGAACCGAUCGGCGAGGAGGCCAACCGCCACUUGCAUGUCGAGUUCGUGAACAAGCUGGUGGGCAACGACAUUCCACCGAACUACGUGCCAUCCAUAGAGAACGGCUUCCGCGAGUGUUGCAAGAAGGGACUGAUCUGUGGGCGCCAGGUUGUCAAUACACGCAUAGUGGUGACAGACGGCCAGUCGCACGAGGUGGAUUCGUCAGACAUCGCAUUCCGGCUUGCUGCCAAAGGCGCUUUCGAAGAGAGCUAUUUGGACUCGAGUCCGAUCGUCUUGGAGCCUAUCAUGCAGGUCGAGGUCGUGACCCCGCACGAGUUCCAGGCGUCGGUGCUUUCGACGAUAACCAAGCGCAAGGGACUAGUGACCGACACGUCGGCAUAUGGCAGCAAUGUCAUACUGCAGGCGGAAGUUGCGCUACGGAACAUGUUCGGUUACAUCACUGACCUUCGUGCCGCCACAAAAGGCCAGGGCGAGUUCAGCAUGGAAUUCAAGCUCUACCAGCCCAUGAAUGCAGCCGAUCAGGAAGCGUGCGCCAAGGAGUAUCAAGAGAGCCUAAAGAAGUGA